CAUUAAAAAAGGAAAACAUAAGACACUUUUAAUCAAUGCGUAUAUAAACUGACAGGUUUCUUUUUUUUUUUUUAGGUUGCCGAUAGACAGAUACCUACUCUGGUUAUUUGGAAAUUUCAUAUGUCCUAUGUUAAAAAUUAAAACAUCAUGGUGGGGCGUGGUCUGGAUCGCACCGAGAGCAGUCGCAUGCCUGCGGAGCUCCCAAGCAAUAACGGAGAUACAUGCAGAUUAAUCGAUCCACACGAAGACAAUCCGACUACUUCUCAGCCCCCACACUCAACGACACUAUGGGGAAAAGAAAUAAAAAGUUAAAAACUCACCCUGAGGACGGAUCCAGGGAAAAUAGGUGAUCUUUUCCUGACGAGGCCUAAACCUAAAAUGGCGGCGACCCCAGAUCCCCAAAGCUCAUCCUCGGAUGAGGAAACACUGGAUGCUCCAGAUCCCAUACCAGAGGCUACAGACCCCAUCUCGAGCCUAGCAAUGGGUGACCUGAGAGCUCCGGCCACCAAGGGUGACAUCCUGAAUAUACUGCAGAACCUAUUCCACUCAGACAUGGCGAUUUUGCAGGAGGAAGUGACCGCCGUCACUGGCAGAGUGAGGAUUGCCAAGGAAGACUUAACUGCUAUGACAGAACGCCAGCAAGCAACGGAGGAGAAGCUAACACACCUCCAGUCCUCACACCAGGCAUUACAGGCAUGGCUUGAUGGCCUAGACUACGCAAGACGCCGCUCCAACAUAAAAAUCAGAGGCAUUGCCGACUCCAUAGACGACAAUGAAUUGCCACAACUUACCCGACGCCUCUUAGCCACAAUUCUCAACUCUAAGCAGGCGAAGACUGUGCUAGUGGAGGGCGUACACAGACUCCCCAAGUUGCCAAGAGCCCCAACGGAGGCCUCCCGCGACGUCCUUCUCCGCUUACAGUCUACCCGGGACAAAAUGGCAGUGAUGGCGGCGCUCAGCGGCCAGAGCCCAUACCACUUCGAGGGCAUGCAGUUCACCUUCCUGCAGGACCUUUGCAGAGCUACUCUGACCUGGAGAUGGUCCGUGCAGCGAGUCACCACGACCCUCAGAGCGGCUGGAAUCAGGUACCGAUGGGGCCCAUCAAUGCUAUUAGUUACAAAGGGAGCAGCAACUUAUCGACUGACGUCGACAGAAAACGCAGAAACUUUCCUCGGUAAAUUAGGACUUAAAGCAAUAGACUCCUCCAACCCGACUCCUAACUGCUCCUGGGACGUCCCCAACAUAGUCCCAUUUGUGCCGCGCUCCGCUGCUGCCACAGGCUGAAACACAGGGACAUGCAGGAUAGAACCACCUGGCUAAGGAGCCACCGGACUCCAACAGACCACAUGACACCUGGUCACAGAGUUUUUUAUUUUUCUAUUCUUAACUUUUGUUCUUGACUUGUUUUGUUUUCCUUGUAUUUUGUGAAAUUGUUGGGUGUUUCUUACAACUAUCGUACCCUGCACGCAGAACAGACUCCCAUGCCCCUCUUGCCGCUGCAGAGAGCACUCCAACCCCCGCCCCCCAUUACGAAAAGCGCAACCUAUAGGUUAGGGAAGGCACGGCAGCAAGCCACCCUCCUCUCAUAACCAGGAAGGCUUGAUGGUACACGCCACAAAAACCACUACUUAGCGCCCCAUCAUAACUACCGUUAUGGCCGAUGCCCACUCAUACAGCCAAUAAAUCGUGGCUCCUAAGACUGCCAACCCACUCCUACCAAGGAGGUGGGCGAUCCUCUCACCUAGUCUCGGAACAUGCAUACAUGAACCCACCCCCCAUCCCAGACCAGUACACAAGCAGUGCCUUAGUCUCAGGCACAAACCCUUCCCCCGAGCACCCACUGAUAAUAGAGCACUAAGCAGCAUUAAACCCUGCCUCGCUCUCCUGGACAGCCUUUAACCAAAAGACUCAACGUCUAGAACACAAAGAUCCCCAUGCUUCCAACCAACGAGCUAAGACCACUUAAAAGCACAGAUGUGCCUACCACGCAUGUGCGUAUCGACAACUCUACCCUUACCAUGAACAAUACAAUAGAAGAUGGGGCUACUAUGCACAGCAGUUAAGAUGGUUAGGUGUCCCACUCCUUUGUUAUGCUGGUGUACAGUAUUCUUCUACAUGAGCCUAUAGAGAGACAUAACCCCUCCAACCCCCCACUUAUUUUUUAUUUUUUCAUUAUUACUUUUUCUUCAAUCGGUGACCUUAGACUAACACAGCCUACUUUUAUUCAUAAAAUGUGCACUGUACUCACUUGAAUGUCCACAUAAAUGUCAUACUAUAUUUAAUGCCCAGUUUGUACUAGCUGUUGGGGCAGCACAAACUCACUUGUUUAUUGAAUGCACGAAAAAAUAAAGAAUAGAAAAAAAAGAGAAAGG